AUCACAUACGAUGUAGGUUUCGUUCUGGUAGACAUUGGGGAAUUAUAACGGGCUUGGCAAAUUUUGGCCCAAAUGUGUACAUUCUGGCCUUCCGGAAUAGUUAAUGCCACAAACACGACAAAAUUUCAAACAAAAAUACAUCCUCACGUAAUCACGUAUCAUUUUCGUAUAGUGUUAGCCUGCAAAUUUAACAUUUUAAAUGUGCAAUUCAUCCCAAUGAACUUACUUUUCACGUAACCAUGAACCUCAACCUGCUCCACACACUAAUUGUAUACAAAGUGGUGGAACACUGCAGGCGACAGCAGGUGUGGUGGAUGAUGUAAAGUAUUAACAGACAUUGAACAAUUUUUGCUAAUAUGUUGGUGAGACUAGAUUGUGUUACCACUUCGGAGACUUUCACAACUGUUUUAAGAGAAUAAAAAAUAUCUACCUCUUAAAAUUCCUUGUUAUAUUUUACAACUAUUACCUUUCUAUAUAUUGCAAUGAAAUUUUCAUUUCAAAUAAUACGAUUAAGUAAAACUAAUUAGAGUAGAAUUUCAUAGUUGGGUACCCUGGAGUUUGACUUACCAGUACUGACAACACCAAUGCAAAGAAAGUAGCAAAAUUGACAUUUGUUGUCUGUAAUCUGAAUCAGCUGUCAGGGAAUAUGGAAUUUGCGUAGUGGUUCUUUGUGAUUCAUCAUCCUGUAGAUUUUCGACACCUUUGUAGGUUUAGGUACAAAUGUGUAACAGAAAUUGAGACGAUUUGUGAGUAUUAUAAGCCUACAAAAAUGGAUUUAUCAAAAAUGAAGAACGACAGGAAACUGUACCUGUGUCGCUGGUACUUUUACGCUGGUUUUGCAUGCUUACCAUUUUUAUGGUGUGUGAAUUUUGUAUGGUUUUUCUCAGAAGCGUUUAGAAAACCAUCAUAUGAAGAACAGAAACAGAUAAGAAAAUGUAAUUAUGUAAUAGUUUCUGGAAUUGGAGGACUACUUUGGAUUAUAGCCAUUACCACUUGGGUCGUUAUAUUCCAAACACAUCGUGCAGCAUGGGGAGAGGCAGCUGACAAGAUUUCCUUUAUUAUACCUGCUGGUACUCCUUAAUAUAUUUACCGUCAUAUGAGGAAUUUGUAUUUCAAUUCUAUAUUAAUGCAUGUACACAAACUUUAUUCUGUAAAUAUUUAGAUAUGCUCCUAAAUACAAGUUUUUUUUAACAAUGUUUGUAAUUUAUUUUAGUCCCAGUUAUUUGAAGUCCUGCCACAAGAAGCAAUCUUGUCACCUAAUUGACUAAACAUUUUUAUCUAUGAUGCUCACAUUUUAGUUUAAAAUUAGUUAUUUGGUGGGCAAUGAUAUAUCAAUAAUUGGAUUGACUAAUUUUGUAAUUCAGUAGGACUUUAAAUUGCAGUAAAAUUCCUCAUUAAAAAAAUCAUAUUUUUCUAAGAUUAAUCCUUUUUAUUUAUUUUAUUACAAGUAAGUAGAAAAUAAUUUUUUAAUUCAAAUUUUAUACUACAUUAAAUUUAAUUUAUUGCCUAUGAGAUUUUUGCAGAAUUAUUAUGACAGUAAACUUCUCAAUAUUUAUUAACAUUUUUACAAUACGAAAAUUUUCAUGAAUAUAAUAGAAUAAACUAAAGACAUUAACAUAAAAUUAGUUUCUCAAAUUUGAAGACUGUUCGCUACGCCUGUUUGAGUGGAUCAAUAUUCCUCUAAUGUCCUUUUGGUUAUAACACACCACUUCUACCCUCCAACAUACUCAAAUGAAAUAAUCACCCAUUCUCCUACCUUACAUCCCAAAUACCUAAUUUACAUGCAAAAUUUCAUGAAAUGUAUGAGGUGGAGUCAAAAUGUUCCAUUCCUCAUUUUUUGUGUCCAUAUACUAAAAGCCUUUAAAUAUGUUCUUUAUAAUACAAUACACACUUUCCAUGCCAUGAUCUUCUGAUUUUUGAAAAAUUCCACUGUGUGUGUUGGCUGGGCUAUCCGGGACAAGCCGCGUCGAAGUCAUGGUGGCUAACGUUUCGGCCAGCGUUUGUGGCC